ACAGAGAAACAGAGUUUUCUGUUUUAGCGAGAUUGGAAACUUGGUUUUGAGCUUAACAUUAAAUGGCGGUCGUCAUCUCCAUCCAUCGUCCUUAUGUAACCCUCACAAUCUCUAAAAAUCGUAAUCCUCUUAAACCUCACCGACAAUUCAACGAAUCCUGCCUGAGGUUUGAUCAUCUUCCUCGGAACACCAAAAAUCAGCUCCGUUGCUUAUCUGCGAAAUCGACGCCAUCGAAACCAGACCCUGCAUCCCCUCAAGAUGGGGAAGAGCUGGAGAGUGUGGGAGUCAAAGCAGCUUUAGCAAUGCUGAGAUUCUACAAGAGAGAGAUAUCGCCGGUGUUACCUAGAAGCUGCCGUUACGUUCCGACUUGCAGUGAAUACUCAAUGGAAGCUUACAAGAAAUAUGGAGUUCUUAAAGGCACUGUUCUCACAACUUGGCGUCUCUGUCGCUGCAAUCCUCUUGGUGGAUCUGGGUUCGAUCCUCCAAGAUGGUUUGGUGAGAGUGGGAUCAAGCUCCGAGAAGGAGACGAAGAAGAAGAAGAUAACUAUGACGACGAAGAUCAAAGAAAGAUUUGAAUGAAUUUAAGACAAAACAGUAGAAGUUGUACACUAAUACUAGAGAAAGCAAUGGGAAAGCUAGCAGAUGUAGAACAAAGUUUUUUGUAACUACGAGAGAAUAAGAAUACAUUUGUUUCCAAAAAGAUUUGAUCUUUUCUGUCUUUUGGAGCGAUACAUUUAAGUAGACAGAUCUUGGAAUUGCCAUGGGUUGAAUUGGAUCGACUUAGGGUCGGUGUUA